AUGACGCUGGAGCGGGAGCGGAUUGAUAGGAUUUUGGAGGGCUUCGACCCUGUUGCUCAAGGGCUACCUGAGGACUUCAUUCUCACUAAGCUUACUGCAAUGAAAGGAUGCGGAUGUAAAGUUCCCAGAGCGAUUCUCAUGGAUCUUCUAAAAACUUUUGGAUCUGACGUUGUUAUCGACAGCGAUGGUGUCGGUAUCGGGCUUGAUAGCUGUGUGGUACCACUUCGACAUAAAGGAUUGAAUCUUGUUCAAACUACCGAUUUUUUCUAUCCGUUGGUUGAUGAUCCUUAUCUAAUGGGAAGAGUGACAUGCGCUAAUGUGCUGAGUGACCUGUAUGCGAUGGGCAUUGUCGACUGUGACAACAUGCUGAUGUUGCUCGGAGUUGCUGUGGAGCUCAGCGAGAAGGAACGCGACAUAAUCAUUUCUAUGUUCAUCAGAGGGUUUAAGGAUACUGCUGAUUCUGCCGAAACGAAAGUUCGUGGCGGCCAAACCGUCCGAUGUCCCUGGCUUCUACUUGGUGGAGUAGCAAGUAGUGUGGCAGCUGAUGAGGAAAUCAUCAAAGUUGAUCAAGCUCAGCCAGGAGACCUUUUAAUACUUACGAAACCAAUUGGUGGUCAGGUUGCUGUCAAUUCGUACGAAUGGUUGAAGAAGAAGAAUGGAAGAGUUGAAGAGCUAGGCCUUGACGAAAACAAAAUUGUUCGCGCUUUUCAACAGGUUACAGAGCAAAUGACAAGACUAAAUAGAAACGCUGCAAGAAUGCUUCACAAAUAUCAUGCUCAUGCUUCUACCGAUGUAACUGGAUUUGGACUUCUUGGUCAUGCAGAUAAUCUUUCGCGUGCCCAGAAAGCCAACGUUCGUUUCGUAAUUGACACGCUGCCAGUGAUCGAAUACAUGGACGAGAUCGCAUUGAAAAUGCCGAAUCGAAAUGGUUUCAAUUUAUUUGGAGGAACAUCUGCUGAGACAAGCGGUGGUCUGCUUGUAGCUGUCAGCCCUUUCAUCCGUGACAUGGAGUCUGUCGAUGGUUUCCCCGCAUGGGUAGUUGGUCAUGUUGAAGCACUUAAUGGAGAAGACAAUCAUGCAUCAUCCACGAGAAAUACAAGUGUCCCAACAAGCGAUGAGGAAAAGGCGGCGAAGGAGAAGGAGAGAGCCACAAAACUGAAGGUUUUUUGUACAGUUCGCGAUCGCAUUUUUGAGAAGAGAGCUAAAGGCGAGCUGGAUGAUGAAAUCUUGAGUUUAACGCAGAGGUUGUUAGAGAAGAAUCCUGACAUUUACACGUUUUGGAAUAUUAGAAGAGAAACGAUCGAGAAGAAAAUCAAAGAGUGGGAAGAAUGUGUGUCAACGACAGAAGACGAGUCGUGUAAAGAGAAUUGCAAAAAGAAAAUCGAGAAUCUUUUGUCAGGAGAGUUGUUCCUUACGCAGGCAUGCUUAGAGGAAAAUCAUAAAUCGUACGCGGCCUGUUUUCCACCCGUGGUUGGACUUUGCGUCGCCAAGAGCAUCCGGACAUCAAACGCGAAAAUUUUCCCACACAUGGGAUCAUCGUCGCGUUGUUGCGAAGUUAGAUUCUCAAACCGCCUUAUCGCUCAGAAUUUCUCUAACUACUCUGCAUGGCACUACCGAGCUGUACUCCUUCCGAAGAUUCAGAACGCUAAGACUGGCGAGUUUCGGCUCGAUGAUACCGUCAUUGCCAGUGAACUGAAGAAAGUGACUUCUGCUUUCUUCACGGACCCUGAUGACCAAAUAAGGCCAGACUCAGCAACUCCAGCUGUUCCGCUCUCAGUAUCCUUCCAUGAUAACAACACCACUUUUGUGAUGUCAAAGGCUUGCACCUUCAAUGAACUGCUACCAUUUGUUUCGGCAUUAUCUGCUCAGCCUGCAUCGGCUAGAAUCUGGUUGUGUAUGUCCGAUGUGCCGUGUACUGUACGUCUCACCGUUGACGACGAGAAUGUUGUAGAUAUCUCGAAGAAACCAUAUGUGAAUAAGGAGCUUCUCCGAAAGGCAUUUGACUUGACGACGCGGAAACCGAACGUGGCCAUAACAACUAUAACAGACAACUGCAAACAACUAAUGGAGAUGGAGCCUAAAAACCCGUGGGCGCGCUAUAUGUACACAUUAUGUUUGAUGGAAACUCGCCCUGCGGAGUGUCAUUCGGAAAUUCUCGAAAACCUAGGAAAAUUGGCCACCGAACUUGAUGUGAAAAGGAAAGAGAUCUACAAAAAAUUGGCUUCUCGUCAAAUUUUGAAUCGAGUUUUACGGGAGCACGUUGAUGGUAACCCACUUCUCGAGCAUCUGAUGGAUGGCAAGCAUAGUGAGCUGGCGAUCCGAAAUGCUCAACUGUCAAGCUUGGAUGGAGUGGAACUUCUAGCAGGGUUGAUAACCCAACUGGACGUUAGUGGCAAUCAGCUGACAACUCUUGAUGAAGUGUUGCUGCCUAACCUCGAAUCUCUCACAGCCAAUGAAAAUCCUAUCACGAGAGUAUCCACGACAUCAACUUUUUGCAACCUGAAGUUCUUAUCGUUAGGUGCUUGUCAACUGGAUCAGGUGGAGUGCGUACUGCCUGCACUUAAGGGUAUGUGCUCAUUGGAGAGGUUUCUCUACUGUGAAACUCCUCUGGUUGAAAAGUCGAAGGAAUUGCAGGAAGGGCUGCCAUCAAUUAGGUUGAUACCUUACUAUCUGUGA